AUGGGCCUUGCUGUGUUAAGCACCGUCCAACAUAACCCGAGUAAUAAAGAGUAUACGACCAAUGACAGGGACCGUGCUGUGUUUAGCACCGUCCAACAUAACACGAGUAAUGAAGAGUAUACGGCCAAUGACAGGGGCCUUGCUGUGUUAAGCACCGUCCAACAUAACCCGAGUAAUAAAGAGUAUACGACCAAUGACAGGGACCGUGCUGUGUUUAGCACCGUCCAACAUAACACGAGUAAUGAAGAGUAUACGGCCAAUGACAGGGACCGUGCUGUGUUAAGUAUCGUCCAACAUAACACGAGUAAUAAAGAGUUCACGAGCAAUGACAGUUACCUUGCCCUUGCUGUGUUUAGCACCGUCCGACAUAACACGAGUAGUAAAGAGUAUACGACCAAUGAAAGGGACCGUGCUGUGUUUAGCACCGCCCAACAUAACACGAGUAAUAAAGAGUAUACGACCAAUGACAGGGACCGUGCUGUGUUUAGCACCGUCCAACAUAACACGAGUAGUGAAGAGUAUACGACCAAUAAAAGGGACCGUGCUGUGUUUAGCACCAUCCGACAUAACACGAGUAAUAAAGAGUAUACGACCGAUGUCAGGGACCGUGCUGUGUUUAGCACCGUCCAACAUAACACGAGUAAUAAAGAGUAUACGACCAAUGACAGGGACCUUGCUCUGUUUAGCACCGUCCAAUAUAACACGAGUAAUAUAGAGUAUACGACCAAUGACAGGGACCUUGCUCUGUUUAGCACCGUCCAAUAUAACACGAGUAAUAAAGAGUAUACGGCCAAUGACAGGGACCUUGCUGUGUUUAGCAUCGCCCAACAUAACACGAGUAAUAAAGAGUAUACGACCAAUGACAGUGACCUUGCUGUGUUUAGCACCGCCCAACAUAACACGAAUAAUAAAGAGUAUACGACCAAUGACAGGGACCUUGCUGUGUUUAGCACCGUCCAACAUAACACGAGUAAUAAAGAGUAUACGACCAAUGACAGGGACCUUGCUCUGUUUAGCACCGUCCAAUAUAACACGAGUAAUAAAGAGUAUACGACCAAUGACAGUGACCUUGCUGUGUUUAGCACCGCCCAACAUAACACGAAUAAUAAAGAGUAUACGACCAAUGACAGGGACCUUGCUCUGUUUAGCACCGCCCAGCAUAACACGAGUAGUAAAGAGUAUACGACCAAUGACAGGGACCGUGCUGUGUUUAGCACCGCCCAACAUAACACGAGUAAUAGAGAGUAUACGGCCAAUGACAGGGACCUUGCUGUGUUUAGCACUGCCAAACAUAACACGAGUAAUGAAGAGUAUACGACCAAUGACAGGGACCUUGCUGUGUUUAGCACCGUCCAACAUAACACGAGUAAUAAAGAGUAUACGAUCAAUAACAGGGACUUUGCUGUGUUAAGCACAGUCCAACAUAACACGAGUAAUGAAGAGUAUACGGCCAAUGACAGGGACCUUGCUGUGUUUAGCACCGCCCAACAUAACACGAGUAAUAAAGAGUAUACGACCAAUGACAGGGACCUUGCUGUGUUUAGCACCGUCCAACAUAACACGAGUAGUAAAGAGUAUACGGCCAAUGAAAGGGACCUUGCUGUGAUUAGCACCGUCAAACAAAACACAAGUAAUAAAGAGUAUGCGGCCAAUGACAGGGACCUGGCUGUGUUUAGCACCGUCCAACAAAACACGAGUAAUAAAGAGUAUACGACCAAUGACAGGGACCUGACUGUGUUUAGCACCGCCCAACAUAACACGAGUAAUGAAGAGUAUACGACCAAUGACAGGGCCCUUCCUGCGUUUAGCACCGUCCGACAUAACACGAGUAAUAAAGAGUAUAUGACCAAUGACAGGGACCUGACUGUGUUUAGCACCGCCCAAAAUAACACGAGUAAUAAAGAGUAUAUGACCAAUGACAGGGACCUUGAUAUGUUGAGCGACGUCACCGCUCAACAUAACACGAGAAAUAAAGCGUGUACGACCAAUGACAGGGACCUUGCUGUGUUAAGCACCGCCCAAAACAACACGAGUAAUAAAGAGUAUACGACCAAUGAUAGGGACCUUGCUGUGUUAAGCACCGUCCGACAUAACACGAGUAAUAAAGAGAACUAUGCUGUGUUUAGCCCCGCCCAACACAACACGAGUAAUAAAGAGUAUACGACGAAUGACAGGGACCUUGCUGUGUUGAGCACCGUCCAACAUAACACGAGUAAUAAAGAGUAUACGACCAAUGACAGGGACCUUGCUGUUGAAGAGUAUACGACCAAUGACAGGGACCUUGCUGUGUUAAAGUAUACGACCAAUGACAGGGGCCUUGCUGUGUUUAAGUAUACGACCAAUGACAGGGACCUUGCUGUGUUUAAGUAUACGACCAAUGACAGGGGCCUUGCUGUGUUUAGCACCGUCCAACAUAACACGAGUAAUAAAGAGUAUACGACCAAUGACAGGGGCCUUGCUGUGUUUAGCACCGUCCAACAUAACACGAGUAAUAAAGAGGGCCUUGCUGUGUUUAGCACCGUCCAACAUAACACGAGUAGUAAAGAGUAUACGACCAAUGACAGGGACCUUGCUGUUGAAGAGUAUACGACCAAUGACAGGGACCGUGCUGCGUUAAAGUAUACGACCAAUGACAGUGACCUUGUCCUUGCUGUGUUUAGCACCGUCCGACAUUACACGAGUAGUAAAGAGUAUACGACCAAUGACAGGGACCUUGCUGUUAAAGAGUAUACGACCAAUGACAGGGACCGUGCCGUGUUUAGCACCGCCCAACAUAACACGAGUAGUGAAGAGUAUACGACCAAUAAAAGGGACCUUGCUGUGUUAAGCACCGUCCAACAUAACACGAGUAGUGAAGAGGACCUUGCUGUGUUUAGCACCGCCCAACAUAACACGAGUAGUGAAGAGUAUACGACCGAUGACAGGGGCCUUGCUGUGUUAAGCACCGCCCAGCAUAACACGAGUAAUAAAGAGUAUACGACCGAUGACAGGGACCGUGCUGUGUUUAGCACCGUCCACCAUAACACGAGUAAUGAAGAGUAUACGACCAAUAACAUUGACCUUGCUGUGUUUAGCACCGUCCAACAUAACACGAGUAAUAACGAGUAUACGACCAAUGACAGGGACCUUGCUGUGUUAAGCACCGCCCAACAUAACACGAGUAAUAAAGAGUAUACGGCCAAUGACAUGGACCUUGCUGUGUUUAGCACCGCCCAACAUAACACGAGUAGUGAAGAGUAUACGACCAAUAACAUGGACCUUGCUGUGUUAAGCACCGCCCAGCAUAACACGAGUAAUAAAGAGUAUACGACCAAUGACAGGGACCUUGCUGUGUUAAGCACCGCCCAGCAUAACACGAGUAAUAAAGAGUAUACUACCAAUGACAGGGACCGUGCUGUGUUAAGCACCGCCCAACAUAACACGAGUAGUAAAGAGUAUACGACCAAUGACAUUGACCUUACUGUGUUUAGCUCCGCCCAACAUAACACGAGUAAUAAAGAGUAUACUACCAAUGACAGGGACCUUGCUAUGUUUAGCACCGCCCAGCAUAACACGAGUAAUAAAGAGUAUACUACCAAUGACAGGGACCGUGCUGUGUUCAGCACCGCCCAACAUAACACGAGUAAUAAAGAGUAUACUACUAAUGACAGGGACCUUGCUGUGUUUAGCACCGCCCAGCAUAACACGAGUAAUAAAGAGUAUACUACCAAUGACAGGGACCUGGCUGUGUUUAGCACCGUCCAACAUAACACGAGUAGUAAAGAGUAUACGAGUAAUAAAGAGUAUACUACCAAUGACAGGGACAGUGAUGUGUUCAGCACCGCCCAACAUAACACGAGUAAUAAAGAGUAUACUACUAAUGACAGGGACCUUGCUGUGUUUAGCACCGCCCAGCAUAACACGAGUAAUAAAGAGUAUACUACCAAUGACAGGGACCUUGCUGUGUUUAGCACCUCCCAACAUAACACGAGUAAUAAAGAGUAUAAUACCAAUGACAGGGACCUGGCUGUGUUUAGCACCGUCCAACAUAACACGAGUAAUAAAGAGUAUACGAGUAAUAAAGAGUAUACUACCAAUGACAGGGACCGUGAUGUGUUUAGCACCGUCGGGACCUCAUCUUACCUUGCAGGAGUAUAUUAA